CCUUUUUGAUGACUGUUUUUUCUCUGACUUUGUUCCGUUUCCAAAACCGAACCGCAACCGGAACCGCAUUUGAAUUCUUGGAGGGCUAUGUAAAUAUCGGGCAACCUAAAGAUGCUCUGGAACUCAGCUGA